GGGCUGACCGGGAAGACAGUGUGCCAGGGAAACAAUUUCGUUUUGUUGUUGUGUGAAGUUCUGGCACUUUGUGAAGACAAAAUGAAGGGCUCUGGCCCGAAGCGUCGAAUUUCCUGCUCCUUGGAUGCUGCCUAACCUGCUGUGCUUUAACCAGCAACACAUUUUCAACUUUGUGAAGACACACCUACCGAGACAGAGUGGAACGGACAUCUGGUAUUUCAACUUGUUUAAACUGCUCCCAACUUUGUCUCAUUAUCACUUGGUGCUCAAUAGCGACUCGUUCAGGAAAUAUUCCGAGCAGGGAAAUGGCCAACUCCAAUUACUGGUCUGCACUUGCCUGUCUGACUGUAACCUGCUCUGUGUAUUUUGCUACCUCUGACAUUUCCUGUUACAAUGACAAUGGGCAGCCAGUGGAUUGGUUCAUUGUUUACAAGUUACCCAAACAUAUCAGUGAAACUGGUUUACAGUACAUGUACAUGGACUCCUCAAGCAAUGGCUGGAGAACUGGAAACCGAUUGAUUAAUGACACAGGCUCUGCUGUGGGAGGAACUCUACAGCAGCUCUAUGAGAAAUCCAAACUGCAGAGGGACCAAGUAGCAUACGUGCUCUACAAUGACCAGAUCCACCUCACCUCGACCAGCUAUGGUGGACAUACGAAAGGAGUUGUCCUUUUGGAUGACAUACAAGGUUUCUGGUUGGUCCACAGCACUCCGUACUUCCCACCCAGAACUGACCAAUCCUACAUUUGGCCACACAAUGGAGAGAAAAAUGGACAGUCCUUUCUGUGUGUUACCUACCGAUAUGGCCAGUUUAAAGAUAUUGGUACGCAGUUGUUGUACAAUAAUCCUCAUGUCUACGAUUAUUCGAUCCCACCCUCUUUUGCCAAAGACCUGGUGAACCUCAACAAGGCAGCGACCGGGGAAAAGGUGGAGACCCCUCCCUGGCAGAGUAAACUCGUCCUGUCAUCAGCAGCUGGAAAACAUUUCACCAGUUUUGCGAAGAGCAGGAAAUUUGGGGAUGAUUUAUACUCUGGCUGGGUAGCAGACUCCUUUCAGAGUGAUUUGUUGGUUCAGACCUGGCCAAACUCUGCACACACUCUCCCAUCCAACUGCACCAUGACGUACUCUGUGUACAACGUGAAGGUCAUUACCUUCAGCACACAGCUUAGCUUCAAAAGCAGCAUGGAUCAUUCGAAAUGGUGUGUAACAAGACCAGGCUCAGAAGUGAAGUGGACCUGCAUUGGGGAUAUCAACCGAGACCAGGCACAGGAGCACAGAGGAGGUGGAACGGUCUGCACUGACGAUCCCGCCGUCUGGGAUUCUUUCUCGAAUUUGGUUGCGUCCUGUGAGUUUUGUGCAUGCACUUGCAGUGAGAAGGAAAGGAGGGACAUGCGAGCUGAGGCUUGGACCGUGGUUUAAGGGGAAACACGCAAUUGUUUGUUUCUGCUUUGCUUCUCUACGUCUGCAUUCGCGAAACUGUUUGUUUGUUUGUAGAUCAGUCCAGAGAGAGAGAUUUGCUGGCGUCCCAUCUGGCCAGCUUCAAUCCAGGCUCUGUCCCUCAAGCAGGCAAUCAUCUCACAAUCUUUCUUUCAGACCCAUAUUUCGGAUGAGACACAAAUCAAACCCUGUCCUACACUUUCCAUGGGGGCUGAAAGGACCCCAUGACCACUAUUUCAAAGGGGCCCUGGCCAAUAUUUAUUCUCAAACCAACCUGAACCAGAUUAUCCAAUCAUUGCUGAUCGUGAGAGCUUGCAUGUGCAAAUUGGCUGCUAGGUUUCCCGUAUUACACCAAUGACUAGACUUCAUAAGUACCUUAUUGGCUGUAAGACAGUUUGCAACAUUUUAAGGUUAUAUAAGGUGUUGUAGAAAUGCAAGAUGUCCCUUUCAUUACAUGGUUCCCCUGCCUCGAUUCCUAACAUUUGAACUUUGAAGUGAAACACACACAUUUUGAUGAAGGAUUGCAAGGGCUCACAUCACCCAGCUACAUGAGAGUGUCCAGAGGAAGCAGUGUACCCUUCCAUUGGAGCUUGGAACUAAUUCUGCUCUUACCAACCUGUAUCUUCCUCCCAUUACAAGUGGGGCACCGUGAAGCCCCACAUCCCCCAAUCCUUCUCACAGAUGUAGAAACAUUAGAAGAAUUGCAGCACAGAACACCUGCAUCACUCAGGCUCUGGUAUAUCCUUGUCUUGUUUGUCCUUACUUUGCAUUGAGAUUGCUUGCAUCAGGGAGGUGCAGUGGCUGAGUGGUUAGCACUGCUGCCUCACAGCACCAGGAUCCAGAGUUCAACCUCACACUUGGUUUGCCCAUUCUCCCUGUGUCUGCGUGGGUUUCCUCUGUGUGCUCCGGCUUCCUCCCAUCAUCCAAAGAUGUGCAGGUUAGGUGGACUGGCUGUGCUAAAUUGCCCAGAGUGCUCAGGGAUGUGUAGGUUAAGUGUAUUAGUCAGGGGAAAAUGUAGAGUAGUAGGGACUGGGUUUGUGUGGGAUACUCUUCGGAGGGUCAGUGUGGACUUGUUGGGCUGAAGGGCCUCUUUCUACACCGUAGGGAUUCUGUGAUUUUCUGUUGCUGUGCAAUACUAAAAGUGGAAACUGUACAGUGAUGAACAUCCUUUUGUAUCCUGUCCACCAUCUCCAAGGCACAAGCCAGGAGUGUGAUGGAAUAUUCCCCACUUGCCCUGGAUGGGUGCAGCUCCAAGAACACUCAAGAAGCUCGACACCAUCUGGGAUAAAGCAGUAUGUUUGAUUGGCACCAAACAUUCAGUCCCUCCACCAACGAUGCUCAGUCGCAGCAGUGUGUACUAUCUACAAGAUACACUGCAGAAAAUCACAAAGAUCCUCAGACAGCUCCUUCCAAACCCAUGACCUGUACCACCGAUAAGAACAAGGGCAACAGAUACGUAGGAACACUUUCAUCCCCUGCAAGCUCUCCUCCAGGCUACUCACCAUCCUGGCUUGGAAAUAUGUCGUUGUUUCUUCAGUUUCACUGGGCAUCCACUGUAGCAGCACCAUGUAUGUCUUUACACCCCAAGGACUGAAACAGUUGAAGAAGGCAGCUCCCUCCAUCUUGUCCAGAGCAGUUAGGGAGGGGCAAUAGAUGUUGGCCCAGCCAGUGAGGCCCAUGUUCCAUUAAAUCAUUUCAAAAAGCAAACAUAUCAGAUGUUUUUAACCAAGCACUGCCGACAGUACACUGUUUAAUUUAUAGCAUUGAUAUAGCGAAUUUUGAAAAGAUUUGUAGCUCAGGCUGAGGUUCUGGAUGUAGGUUUGCUCACUGAGCUGGAAGGUUCAUUUCCAGACAUUUUGCCACCAUACUAGGUAACAUCUUCAGUGGGCCUCUGGUGAAGCACUGUACAUGAUACCUGCUUUCUAUUUAUAUGUUUGUGUUUCGUUGGGUUGGUGAUAUCAUUUCCUGGGGUGAUAUCAUUUCCUGUGGGUGAUGUCAUUUCCGGUUCUUUUUCUCAAGGGGUGGUAGAUGGGGUCUAACUCGAUGUGUUUGUUGAUAGAGUUCCGGUUGGAAUGUCAUGCUUCGAGCCACUCUAUCGACAAACUCAUGGAGUUAGACUCCCAUCUAUCACCCCCUGAGAAAAAGAACAGGAAAUGACAUCACCCACACAAAGAAACCCAAACAUAUAAAUUGAAAGCAGGAAUCAUGCAGAGUGCUUCGCCUAAGGCCCACUGAAGAUGUUGCCUAGUGUGGUGACGAAACGUCUGGAAAUGAACCUUCCAGCUCAGCGAGCAAACCUACAUCCAUAGCAUUGACUCUCCUGAAUCAUUAAUAAAUUGGAUGCUGACUUUGUUGCAUAACAGAAUAAAUCCGUCUUUUUAACCUGA